GUUAACGUUCACAUGUGAUCUUAAUGUCUGAUAGCAGCUAGGCUUGCUCACACUUGUAGUAUAAAUAUGUGUUCUCUUUUGUGAUCAUCAGCGACUUCAAUUAAGCAAUUAAAUUUCUCUUCAAUUUGCUCAUUUCUGAUUAGACUCGCCGUUUUAUCUCCACCAUCUUCUUCGUUUCCGCUAGCUCUUUACAGACUAUAAAGAACUCUAUUGUGAAGGGUUUCAAGAAAUGGAAUCAAGAGGGAUUAAGAUCUCAAAGGGCGUGUUGCAGAGUGAUGAAUUAUCUCAAUACAUCUUGGAGACUAGUGUGUAUCCACGUGAACCAGCGCCUCUCAAGGAGCUAAGGGAUGCCACUGCCAGCCACCCUCGUGCUGGAUUGGCUACUGCACCAGAUGCAGCUCAGUUACUAGCCAUGCUGUUGAGGCUCAUAGAUGCAAAGAAGACAAUUGAAAUUGGUGUUUUCACGGGAUAUUCUCUUCUGCUCACUGCGCUUACAAUUCCUGAGGAUGGCAAGAUUGUAGCCAUAGAUAUAAAUCGUGAGACAUAUGAUCAAAUAGGCUUGCCGAUCAUAAAGAAAGCUGGUGUUGAGCACAAAAUUGACUUCAUUGAAUCUGAGGCUGUACCAGUUCUUGAUAAGCUAUUCGAACAUCCUGAAAAUGAAGGCAGUUUCGACUUUGCCUAUGUGGAUGCCGACAAGGUUAACAAUUGGAAUUACCACGAGAGACUACUGAAGCUGUUGAAGGUGGGUGGCUUAGUUGUCUAUGACAACACACUCUGCAGAGGAUCAGUCGCGUUGCCUGAUGAAUUAGUUCCAGAGCCGAGGAAACAGCGCAGACAGCUAGCCAUUGAGCAUAACAAGACACUUGCAGCCGAUCCACGUAUCCAAAUCUCUCAUGCUUCUGUGGGUGAUGGGAUCAUGAUUUGUCGCAGAAUCAUAUAACUUUAGCUUCACUGUUGAAAUCUUAUGUAGCUUGCUCUUGCAUAAAUAACACUUCACAAGUUCACAUGCCUUUGCUUGUGUGACUAAAACUGUAACUUUUCUGAUCGUGAAGUUGUAUAUUGUAGUACUCCAUUGCUGUAAAACGUUAUAUCUAUAGUGUGCUUUAUCAAGAUGUAUCAAAAAUGACCAUAAAUUUCGCUCAA